UUUAACGAUCAUCCCUAAAUCAUCCCUGAGUCACACGGCUACAGUCAGUUCAGUGACAGAGUUUAUUCAUUUGUGUAGUUUCGCCGUGUGUCUUUUUUCUUUUUUAAAACAAAUUAACGAUAACGGAUCAUGACAACCCACGAGUUUUUUGUUGAUAUGACAUGUGAAGGAUGCUCUGGUGCAGUGACUCGGGUCCUGAAUAAAAUAGAUGUAAAGUUUGACAUUGAUCUUCCUAACAAGAAGGUCUUUAUAGAGUCGGACAAAGACACAGACAUCCUGCUGGAAACCCUGAAGAAAACAGGAAAAACUGUCACGUAUAUUGGUCCUAAAUAGACCAGAUGUUAAACAUGAACUGUCCAUAUGGAACAUUGUGGUCCUGUCACUAAGCAUUAGUAACCCUUCUGUCUGCUUGAUUUGGAUUUACAUGUUAAAGUUGCACAUUAUCCAUAUUAUGCUACUAACUCUAUGGAAUAAAAAUGUAACUUGGAAUAACA